GUAAUAUUGGAGGAACGGCAAGUAAUCAAAUUUUCUUGACCGACUCCGGCUUCCAAUAUGCGAGUCGAUUAUCUGUCAAAGAUUAAUAAAUUCAGUGUGAUUCCCUUGACUUGUCACCCUUGCCGGGCUGUGACUCGCAACUUUCCCAGUUUGUGACAUUCUUGCCCGAAGUUUGCUGAUAUUUAAACAAUUUUGGUUGCUAGCCAUCUAACCCUAUCCAAUUCUUGAAUUUCAGAAAGCAUGGCGGACCUAAGAGUCGAUACUACCCAAGAUCCUGAGCAAAAGAGAUCGAAUAGUAUCCGGACAGCCGAUUCCGACUCAGUUCUGUCGUCCGGUUCAAGCUCAAUCAUCUCGAGAGCAUGGAAUCACAUGCUAGAGCCCGUUCGUCCAUCUGGACUUGUUGAAUCUGAACUAUUAAUUUUGACCUUCUGCAUCGGUAUCCAAGAUGCCAUCUCCUUCCCCGAUUUCCACUGUUUCGCAUCGAAUCAGACAGGAAAUACGGUUUUCCUCAUGCUGGCGAUCAUACUGCCCCAUUUCAACGGCGAGAUGUUCAUCACGGCAAACAUUGGAGCAGCCCUCGGCUUCUUCUUAUUGGGUAGCUGGAUAACUGGUCAAAUUGGCAAUAUCGUCGGUCCCCGGCUGCGGGUGUGGCUUGUAUGCUGCAACUUCAUCCAGUCGUGCCUAGUAUUUGCCGCCGCGGCUAUGCAGUACCUGCACGGUACGGAUUUGGAAGGGUCAAAUGCGUUAAUUCCUAUAGGACUACUGGCAUUUGCAUCUGGUAGCCAAGUCGUACAGUCCCGCGCCUUUCGGAUGACUGAGAUAAGCACGGCUAUGGCUACAGCCGCUUGGGUUGACCUGGUAAUCGACCCGGGUCUACUCAAAUUAAAAAACCGACCACGCACAAGGCGUGCUAUGUUCCUAACAACGCUUAUCGCUGGAUCGCUCGCAGGCGCGGGAAUCUAUCGGACUGCUGGAUCUUGGGUGGCUAUCUUGGUAUCAGCUGCUGGGAAGAUGCUCGUCACAUGUAUGUAUUUGUUUAACAGCGCUGAGAAACCUAAGAAUACCACGGGGGAAGAUGCUUGUUAGAUAUCUAGGUAAAGAUACGGGAUAGGAUGGGUAAUAUGAGGUAUGAAGUAUGAGAUAUGAUAAUAUCAGGAUACAUAGACGGCGAAUAAAUAGGUAGACUUGAUUUAAGGGCAGCCACAUUUUAUCUGGGUUGAAUAGGUUACACUCAGCAUACUGAUCGAAUCUUUCAUGAUGCCUCAAUGAUUCUUUUAUGGAAAAAUUUGAUAUUUUCGAUUGGAGUAAAGUAAAGUUUAAGUUAUUCUUAAACAAGAU